AAUUCUAGCUGUCCAAUUAGAGCUGAGCUGCUGUUCCAGGAAUGCUGUGUGGAUCAGACGACAUCCCAUCAGUCCCUUCGUGAAUCAGCAAGAUGGAUCCACCCUGCUCGCUGUCUGCCAGUUUUGAAGGAUCCUUUGCCUACUUGACAGUUAGAGACAGAUUGCCCCAAAUUCUGACUAAAGUGAUCGACACAGUUCAUCGGAAUAAACAUAAAUUCUUUGAAGACCAUGGAGAGGAAGGUGUCGAAGCAGAAAAGAGAGCGCUGUCCUUCUUUUCCAAACUGCGCAAUGAGAUGCAGACUAAUAAGCCUGUGCUUCCUCUGACUGAUAACCAGCUGGAUACAGAGCUGUGGAACCAGUACCUGGACUAUCAGAAAUCGCUGCUGAAUGAAGGGGAAACUCCAAGCUGGUUCAAAUCUCCAUGGCUGUAUGUGGAAUGCUACAUGUACAGGCGGAUUCAGGAAGGCAUUGUGUUGAGCCCUCCAAUCUCAAAGUAUGAUGUGUUCAGGGAAGGGAAGAUUGAAAGUUUCUUUCAAUCUCAGCCAGCCAUCAUUGCACUCUGCACCUAUCUUCAGGAGCUCAAAAAGAACAUGGCAGCCCUGAGUGAAAAUCAAAAGCAAGAAGAGCUUUAUAAGCUUCUCCAGGUUUGUUUAUGGGGAAAUAAGUGCGACCUUUCCAUAUCAGGAGGCCUGGACAAUUCACAGAAAUUCAGUAUCCUGAGCUCUCUAGAAUCUUUUAGGCCUUUUAUUUUGGUUAAUGACAUGGAGUCUGUGUUGUCUGUGCUUUUGGAGAGCAAAAACCCUGAAAGUGGUAAAGAGUUAAUGAAAAGAGUUGACAUUGUUCUAGACAAUGCUGGGUUUGAGUUAAUUACUGAUUUUGUAUUAGCGGAUGCCUUGCUGUCCUUCCGGCUGGCCUCUGAGGUGCACUUCCAUGGCAAGUGCAUGCCUUGGUUUGUUUCAGAUACAACGAAGCAUGAUUUUAAUUGGACAAUCAAGCAGCUUCAAGCAGCCAAUCACAAAUGGAUGUCAAAAUGCGGGGGGAACUGGAAGGAGAAUUUGAAGAAAAGCCACUGGAUUUAUCACGAACAUCCGUUCUGGACUUUACCCCAUGAGUUCUGCAUGAUGGCUCAGACUGCUCCUGAUUUGUACUCAGAGCUGCAGAAAUCUGAUCUGGUUAUAUUUAAAGGGGAUCUUAACUAUAGGAAACUUACGGGAGAUCGGAAGUGGGAUUUUACUGUACCUUUUUCUGAAGCGCUCACAACAUUUCACCCUGCCCCAUUGUGUAGUAUAAGAACUUUGAAAGCCGACGUGCAGGUUGGUUUAAAAGCAGGUAUUGGAGAGCAGCUUUUUUCCACUGAGCCUGACUGGAUGAUCAGUGGGAAAUAUGGGGUAGUUCAGUUGUCCACUUCGGUUUGAUUGACAUAGCACAAGUCACCAAUUGCAACAGAGCUUGACUGCAUAGGCUUUGCAAUGGAGAGUAAUCGUGUUUGGUGCUGUGAUGAGAACCAGACAGAACCCAUAAAACUGCACUAAUCUAUAGCAAUACAGAAUGCUUUUUGGGAGCUAGUGCACACAUGUACUGUUGCAUGUAUGUACAUUAAUAUAGUUCAUCUACAGUCAACUCACAGCAAAAGGACUAGAUUACUGGAUCAGACAUAUGAUCAACUUUUUUUUGUUCUGUACCAGAACAUUAGUCUAAAUACUAAUUAAAAAAUAAAAUCAAAAUAACCCCAAUUUGUACUAGCAAAAGCAACUUAUGAAAGAUUGCACUGUAAAUCUAGAAUCCUGUUAUUCACAGUGUCAUAAAUUCUAUGCAGCAAACCCCGCUGCAUAGAAUUAAGCAUUUUAAGCUAUUAAGAAUUUUUAUAUAUAUAUAUAUAUAUAUAUAUAUAUAUAUAUUAGUGCUAAGCAAAAGUGCAGGAAUUGCAUGUGCAACCACAUGUACUGAGUGCUUGAUACCGAUGUGAAUUAUUAUACUGCCAGACUCAGGGAUGGACUUACAGUAUAAUUGGUCCUGUUUAGACAGAACAGUCCCAAAUCACAGUUCCCAGAAGGGGCAGAGCCUAAUAGGAAAUGGGCAGGGAUUUGGUUGGAUCUGGGAGUUAUUGAGCAUAACUGGGUGUUAAUUCUGUGGACUGGCCAUGGCCUAAUUUGUUUUUUUUUUAAAAUGUUGAGAGUUAUAACAUGAGGGUAACAAAGACUCAAUGAAGCCCCAAUCCGAGAUAAAGCAAUUCAUAUAAUUCAGAUAUGUCUUACCAUAUUGAAUUACAACUCACUAACCAGAUCCCCUGAAUGCAUAAUCUGUUUCUUGCUAUAGUCUUUUUGGAGCUGAGAAAAUAUUUUUCAGGAUAUAAUGAUCAUUUUGAAUUGAAGGGAUAUGGCAUGUUUAUGCUUUAUUUUAUAGUUACAGAUAGAUCAGACCUUUUACGUCCAAAUGCUUGAGACAAUGUCUAAGGCACUGCCAGUAUUGGCUAUAAUUACUCAUUAUAACUUUUUGUCACAUGACCGCAACACAGUAUUCUUCAUAGGGACAACCCGUUUUAGAAGGGCUUUGAAUUCAUAGGUGAAUCCUAGUAGUUAAAGGGGCUAUCCGUCUUCCAUAAGGCUAUUGCUAAUUGUAAUUGUAGAUGUAGUAUGCUUUGGCCAAAAGAAUCCUGCUGAACCACUGUGUCUGCCUUCUCCCUAUAUAACAUAGGCCAGCUGAUAUUGCACUGAAACCUGAAAGUAGGAUAUAUGCUAUUGGUAUUUGCCUCCAGCUCUGCUUGCAAUUCUGAAUAACCACUGACCACUUUGUAAACAGAGCAGGUAAGAUUAUCACUGGAGGAUUGUUCACUGCCAAAAAAAAACUUAAAGGAAAACUAUAUUCCUCAAACAAUGUAGGUCUAUAAAAACAUAUUGCAUGAAACAGCUGCUUCAUGUAAAUAAACCAUUUUCAUAAUAAUAUACUUUUUUAAUAGUAUGUGCCAUUGGGUAGUCAUAAAUAGAAAACUGGCAUUUUAAAAAAUAAGGACAGCCCCCUGGGAUCAUAUAAUUCACAGUGCACACAAACAUACCAACAAACUAUACUUGUUAGGUCACAUGAGCCAAUUAACAGAUAGAGUUCUGUCUUUUGCUUCCACACUUCUUCCUGUUACAGUUAGAGUUGAAGUAUUUCUGGUCAGGUGAUCUCUGAGGCAGCACACAGACCAUCAUGAAAUGGUGGAUCAAGGCAAGAUAUGUAAAAGGGCAAUAUUUACUUAAAUAUAUAUUCUAGUCUGAUGAGAUUCUUUAAUAUGCCACUUGAUAUACACUAUCCGUUGUUCAACUAUUCAUUUUGGGGCUAUAGUUUUCCUUUAUUAAUGACUAGUGCUGCUUUACUAGUCUAUCCCUGAUGUUGCUGUCCAAUAGCUCCAGCACUUGACAAUAUGUUGGUGUGUGCUGGGAGUUGUACAGAAACAUCUGAUUAACCCUUUAUUGAGCCACACUGCUGUGGAAGAGUAACAUUCCCUUUAAUUAUACUGUAGCUUUUUGUUGGCUGAGCCGAUGGGCCACAAGUUUGAUUAGCAGCGUUGGCAAAUAGAUUCAAACAUAUAGAAAAGAUACAUGCAGCAUCUUGCUUUUAUUCGUUCUAUGGCGAACUUGUCCGGUGUUCUUUUGGCUUCCCAGCUGCAAUCUCCGAUCAGAUUUGCAUGUGUGGGGUUUUUCUAAAGCUGCUGCUUGCCAUUAUCUGUAUGGAACAUCACAUGCUCAAAAUAAUAAAAUGAUAUUGAUAAAA